CCUCUCUCCAAGUGGACAUUGUUCCAAGCCAGGGGGAGAUCAGCGUUGGAGAGUCCAAGUUCUUCUUAUGUCAAGUGGCCGGGGAGGCCAGGUCCAAGGACAUCUCGUGGUUCUCCCCGAACGGGGAGCGGCUGAGCCCGGGCCAGCAGCGCAUCUCGGUGGUGCGCAACGAUGACUCCUCGUCCACGCUCACCAUCUACAACGCCAACAUCGACGACGCCGGCAUCUACAAGUGUGUGGUCAGCAGCCCCGAGGAGGGCGACUCCGAGGCCACCGUCAACGUCAAGAUUUUCCAAAAGCUGAUGUUCAAGAACGCUCCCACCCCCCAGGAGUUCAAGGAAGGGGACGACGCUGUGAUCGUGUGCGACGUGGUCAGCUCGCUGCCCCCCACCAUCAUCUGGAAGCACAAAGGCAGGGAUGUCAUCCUGAAAAAGGAUGUGCGCUUCAUCGUCCUGUCCAACAACUACCUGCAGAUCCGGGGCAUCAAGAAGACAGAUGAGGGCACCUACAGGUGUGAGGGGAGGAUCCUGGCCCGGGGGGAGAUCAACUUCAAGGACAUCCAGGUCAUCGUCAAUGUGCCGCCCUCUGUGCGUGCCAGGCAGAGCACCAUGAACGCCACUGCCAACCUGAGCCAGUCUGUCACCCUGGCCUGUGAUGCUGAUGGCUUCCCCGAGCCCACCGUGUCCUGGACCAAGGAUGGAGAGCCCGUGGAGGAGGUGGAGGAGGAGGAGGACAAGUACAGCUUCAACUCAGACGGCUCCGAGCUGGUGAUCCACAGGGUGGACAAGAGCGAUGAGGCCGAGUACAUCUGCAUUGCUGAGAACAAGGCUGGGGAGGCUGACGCCACCAUCCACCUCAAAGUCUUUGCCAAACCCAAGAUCACCUACGUGGAGAACAAGACAGCCAUGGAGCUGGAGGAUCAGAUCACGCUGACCUGCGAGGCCUCGGGGGACCCCAUCCCCUCCAUCACCUGGAGGAGCUCCAGCAGGAACAUCAGCAGCGAGGAGAAGGCUUCGUGGACCCGGCCCGAGAAACAAGAGGCAGCCACGCUCGCGUCUCCUCGCUGACGCUCAAGGACAUCCAGUACACGGACGCGGGCGAGUACAUCUGCACCGCCAGCAACACCAUCGGCCAGGACUCGCAGGCCAUGUACCUGGAGGUGCAGUAUGCCCCCAAGCUGCAGGGCCCUGUGGCCGUGUACACGUGGGAGGGGAACCAGGUGAACAUCACCUGUGAGGUGUUUGCCUACCCCAGUGCUGUCAUCUCCUGGUUCCGGGAUGGGCAGCUGCUGCCCAGCUCCAACUACAGCAACAUCAAGAUCUACAACACGCCCUCAGCAAGUUACCUGGAGGUGACCCCAGACUCAGAGAAUGACUUUGGGAACUACAACUGCACAGCUGUGAACCGCAUCGGGCAGGAGUCGUCACACGCCGUCCUCGCCCUCCAUCGGCAGGGUGGAGCCCUACUCCAGCAGCGCCCAGGUGGAGUUUGAGGAGCCCGAGGCCACGGGCGGGGUGCCCAUCCUCAGGUACAAGGCGGAGUGGAGGGCGCUGGGCGAGGGCGACUGGCACUCCCGGCUCUACGAUGCCAAGGAAGCCAACGUGGAGGGCGCAGUGACCAUCACGGGGCUGAAGCCUGAGACCACGUAUGCAGUGAGGCUGUCAGCAGUCAAUGGCAAGGGCGUGGGGGAGCUCAGCCCGCCCGCCGAGUUCAAGACGCAGCCAGUUCGCAUCCCUCACCCACAAGGGGAACCCAGUGCCCCCAAGCUGGAAGGUCACAUAGGAGAGGAUGGCAACUCCAUCAAGGUGAACGUCAUCAAGCAGGACGACGGUGGCUCCCCAAUCAGGCACUACCUGAUCAAGUACAAAGCUAAGCACUCCUCGGAGUGGAAGCCCGAGAUCCGGCUGCCGUCGGGCAGCGACCACGUCAUGCUGAAAUCCCUGGACUGGAACGCCGACUACGAGGUGUACGUGGUGGCUGAGAACCAGCAGGGCAAGUCCAAGCCAGCCCACUACGCCUUCCGCACCUCGGCGCAGCCCACGGUGAUCCCAGCCAGCACCAGCCCUGCCUCGGGCCUGGGCACUGCUGCCAUCAUUGGCAUCCUCGUGGUGGUGUUUGUGGCGCUGCUGGUGGCCGUGGAUGUCACCUGCUACUUCCUGAACAAGUGUGGGCUGCUCAUGUGCAUCGCCGUCAACAUGUGCGGCAAGUCCGGCCCGGGGGCCAAGGGCAAGGACAUGGAGGAGGGCAAGGCGGCCUUCUCGAAGGACGAGUCCAAGGAGCCCAUCGUGGAGGUGCGCACGGAGGAGGAGAGGACCCCCAACCACGACGGGGGGAAGCACACGGAGCCCAACGAGACCACCCCGCUGACAGAGCCAGAGCACCCCGCCGACACCGCGGCCACCGUGGAGGACAUGCUGCCUUCUGUCACCACGGGCACCACUAACUCUGACACAGGCUGCUGCUGCCGCCGCAGACAGCUCUGCCCCCGCAAAGACCGAGAAAAUGCCAGCAGAGGACAAGGGCGCCGUGCCGGACAGGAAGAGCCCCGCGGCGGAGGUGAAGACGGCGCCCAACGAAGCCACACAAACAAAGGAGAGCGAGAGCAAAGCAUGAUCAGCACCAGAGGGGACGGCAGAAACCUUCACCCGAGCAUUGAAAUCACAACCCACACACCCAUCUCAUUCCUCUAGUGUCUGUUGCCUUUUUUUAAAAGAAAAAGACAAACAAACCAACCAGAAAAAUGCAUAAAUGGGGGGAGGGAGGGAAUGUCUCUUUUUUCCGUUUCUUUUUUUUAAUUUUUUCUCUUCUUCUCUCUCUUUUUUUUUUUUUAUUUUGAUUUCUAUUUUUCGCUUUCUUUGAGAUUUCUAGAAAGGUUCUAUUCGUUGUGCACUUGCUUUUAAAAAGUAAAACAUGUUAAAAACAGGGUUAAACCCGUCACCAAAUCAGGGCUCAGCUGGCCCUGUGUAUAUUCAAACAGGCAAACAUUGCAAUGCUGGUUGCAGUGUGGUUGGGAAGCUAAAAAUCAAGUAGUCCUAGACACAAAAAAAAACCCACAAAAAAGACAAAAAAAAAUAAAGAGAGACCCUGUUGUUUCCUUUGUUAGUAUAGCAGAGAUAGCCACUGUGCUGCUGGGCACAGCUGGUGCUUAAAGAACAAAGUCCACAAUUUAUUUUUAUACUUUUCAGUCGAGUUUGAAAUAUGUAAAGCCUCAUAAAUAAGUUAUAAUUUCUGUUCACCUUGUAUCUGGUCAGUAUGCAAAGUGUCUCGAGCUCUUUGUGACUGAAUCCUGCUCGCCACGUUAGACCUUUAUUUGGGGUUUAUUAUUAUUAUUAUCUAUUUUUUAGGAAGAAUGCCAAAAUUGCAGCUUUGGGGGAUGUAUUUCAAUUUGCAGUAUUCAGACUCUACAUUUCUUUUCCAAUUUUACGUUCAAUUUAUUUUUUUUUUUGUUUGUUUUGGCCAACUUUGGUUCUUUCCAGUGUUUACAAUUGACAGAUAUUUUUUUAACUUCUGUUGUGUUGAAAUGGAUGUGUAAAAUAGCUGCCUUUUUUUUUUUUUCUUUUAUUUUUUUUUUGGUUUUUCAGUCAAUCCAGUCCUGUAGACACUAGGGUAGCAGCAUGCUUGCUUUGCAAAGGGAGACAUUUUCAACCAUGGAUGUUUACAGUAGUCGUUUCCCCCUUUUUUUUUUCUCUUUUCUUAAUUAUUGUUAUUAUUAUUAUUAUUGUUAUUAUUAUUAUUAUUAUUUCUUACUGGAGUAAGAAGAAAAGCGAUGCUGGGGUUUGGUUUGGGGUUUUUUUGGGGGGUGGGGGUGUUCAAACCUGUUGCCACCAGUCAAGGGCUUUAGCCAGCAAUCCCCAGAUCUGCGUGGGGUCAGGGAGUUGCUGGGGAAAAUCCUUUCUGUGCUUAAAUUUAGUUUGAAGUCCCUCGCUGGACCUGGGCCUGACUGCAUAAGAGAAAUUGCAUCUCUGCUUUUUUAGGACAUUCUCCCCUUUCCUUCCCAGAGCCCUCCCGCAGCUCUGAGGGGCACAAGGGAGGUUGGGCAGUGUGGGCUGGUCUGGGCUCAGGUGUGUGACCAAAUCGAUCCCUCCUGAUCAGGGCAGCAAAUUCCAGUUGCAGAAAAUCCCAAUUUCGGUCAAUUCCAGUUUCAGCAAAUUCCGGUUUUGGAAAAUACCAAUUUCAGAAAAUGCCAGUUUUGGUAAAUACCAAUUUCAGAAGAUCUCUAUUUCAGAAAAUCGCAAUUUCAGUAAACACCAAUUUCAGUAAAUUCCAAUUUCAGUAAAUAACAAUUUCGGAAAAUCGCAAUUUCAGUAAACACCAAUUUCAGUAAACACCAAUUUCAGAAAAUUCCAAUUUCAGAAAAUCCCCAUUUCAGUCAAUUCCAGUUUCAGGAAAUACCAUGUCCUCUGACCCUAAAACUAAAACCCAAAAGCAAAGAUCGUUUCCCCACAGGUGCUGGGCUGACCCCAGACCCUUCUGCAGCUCCGGCUCCAGCAGGACCCAGCUGGAAUCAGGAGCAGGGGCUGGAAUUCUGUGCCAGGGCAUCCCUGGGCAAGGGCUGAGGCAGCACCUGAAAAAUCAAAUUAUGGAUGGGGGAGCUGAUCAAUGGGGUUUGUUAUCAGGAAUUGUGGAGCAACACUGAGAUUUGGGGUGGGAGAGCUGAUUAAUGGGAUUUAUUACCAGGAAUCGUGGAGCAACGCUGAGAUUUGGGGGUGAAAAGGAGCUUUGAGCAGAAGGAAGGCAGAGGAGUGUAGGGAGAGACCAGCCCAUUGUAUAGAGAUGUUCCUCCUGUUGGGAUUUUGGGUAUUGUUUCCUUUUUUUUUUUUAAAAUUUUUAUUUUAUUUUAUUUUAUUUUCCCUUUUAUUUUAUUUUCUUUUUUUUUUUUUUAAUUCUACUUUAGAUCUGCAAGCUUGUGCACUGUGGGUGCGUGACUAUUUUAGUGUGAACCGUGUUUUUUGUCAUAGUAUUGAAAUAAUAAAAGCUUCAACAUAGUUUGGAUGUGGAAGGUGUAGCGCUAGUUCAGAUUUGAGAAACAAAAAUGAGAAACGAACAUUCAGGAAAUUAAUUUAAAACAAAAAAA